CACUACUGCCACCCCUUUUGCCCAUGUUUACGGGAAGACAUGGCAAAGACGAUGUUGUCAUCUUUUCUGGCUUUUCAACUAAACUGUCAUUUCGCGCAGUUACAAGUGUCUUUGACAACCAUGAAGGAUUGUUAACCUCUUUGCAGGUGGAGCAGCAACAAGACCACAUCAGCUCAUCCUCAGCCAGUGCUCCUCCUGAUCUCCCACAAUGCUCCAUGCGCAACCCCCACUCUCUGUGAGUCAGCAAGAAAUUCCUGUACUUUAGCAGUGGAAAUUACAUCCUGGCCUUACUCUCAGUUGGUCCUACUGAUUGACCUACUUCAGUCUCAGCUGCCUAUUGCAUUUCUUCACAACUGAAACAAUGGUAUCAAGAUCAAAUGACUUUCCAGCCCUGGAAGGGGGGCCCUCCGAUGGCAUGUUGGGAGGGAUGUCCAUCCCCAGGGGCAUGGCCCGCCGUGCGAUGAGCUAUGACGAGAGCCUGGAGGGGCCCAUGUCCCCUCUCCCAUCGGACAUCAACAUCAGCAACCUGUGGAAGAGGCCCGUCAUUCCUGACCGCAAAUUCCAGCGACUCGCUGAAGAGGAUGAAACAGGAAGUGUGCUGACGCAUACGCCCUCUGUUGAUGUGGAGUCUGCCAGACCUCUGGUUCCAGUGGUGAAGGCCAAAGCCUCCUCUGUCCUCAUGAGUUCCCUUAUUACCAAGCAGACGCAGGAGAACAUCCACAGGUUUGAGAAGCAGGCUGGUCUGACUGACGCAGGCUACAGCCCUCACAAAGGUCUGGUAGAUGAGACCCACUAUCACCGCAUGGCUGAUUCAAUACACAAGAUGCACAUGCAGAGUACUGACCUUAAAGAGGACAACCAACCAUCUGCUCAGUCUACUCCAACCACCACUCCACAAUCCUCCCCCAAACAGAAGCGCAGGAGCUGGUUCAGCAGUCAGGGUUCUGCAGCGUCCAUCACCAGCUCUGAUCUCAGCACCAGCUCCUCCAGCUCUAGUGUUGAUUUGGGAGCUGGCGAAGGAGGGGCUGUGGAACGCUGGACCUUCUUUGGACCUCGCCUUCCUGCGCAGAAGCCCACCAUAGACCCCAGCGCAGAGCCCACCGGUGCAGCCCACUCAGCGGGGUUCGCAUUGCAGUCCUACAAAGGAGCUCAGAAGCCGACCCCUAUGGAGGUGAUGAAGGCUCAGGCCACUCGGCUGGCAGAAGACCCUGCCAAAGCUCCCAAGAUGGAGAUCCCCACCAUGGACGGCAAGAGGCAGAUGACCCGGCCUCACAAGCUCAAGCACCGCGACAUGAACGUCCUCACUCCCUCGGGUUUCUGAGCUUCUCUCUCUCCACCCCCUGCUGCCGCCUCAUGUUGUGGAUUUUGCUGUCCUCCUGAUCCUCUUGCUAUCAUGUUGCGUGCAUAUAUGCACUGUAGUAUUCCCUCCCUCAGGUAUGAGCUACACCAGGCGCGUAACUGAAGCGUUCCGUUCGCGACGCGUAAAAUCCAUUUCAGAUGAAUGGUCUAUUUUUUUCGAACGUACGCCCCACUGUCACGUCUGGUGUAGCUACUUCUAUUGAUUAUAAUGGAAGCUAAUUGUUGCAGCAGACGCAACGCGAACGGAACGCUACAGUUACGCGCCUGGUGUAGCUCAGCCCUCAACCCCAACCUCAUUGGAACCCCAGUAAGCUGUAGGUCUGUCAGUGAAGUGCUCACAGUUCUGCCUCGCCGACGAACAGUAGCUGUUAGUAAUUAAGUAAGUAAUUAAUGUGUUGUUCGUGUGUUGAAGUAUUGCUGUUUGUGCCAUUCUAUUUUUAUUAAUUUUUUAACCUGCUUCUUCAUUUUACCUUUUGUUGUAAUUCUGUUUAUAACACAUUGUGUUUUAAUGAGUCAUUUGACAUUUCCUUUAACAUUCCUUAUCUGAAUGGUGCAGCGUUUUGUAAUAAUUUAUGUUGUGUGAUGCAACAUUUGACGAUCAACAUUUUAAUAUGUGAGCUUUUUCAUUUGAAUGUUUAUUUUUUUCCCCAUUAUUUCACAAGGGCCUCAAAAGCGAUGAAACGGUUCCAACAAAUUUCUGAUGUCAUACAGAGACACUCAUUGUGAUUGGUUUUCUCUGUCUGCUGACUGUUCUUAUGGCCAACUAUUCUCUGUGAUUUUGAAUCAGUGGUCCUAAAGUUUCACAUUCUAUCAAUGAAGUUAUUAUACCUUGGAAAAAAAUUAAAAUAACAAGGGCAUUACGUAAUUUAUUUUGAUGUAUUUAAGGUGUCUAGAAAUUUUGUUUUCAUUGGUCCAAUAUUUAAUUUGGAUUCCAGAUGUUGAAUGAAUUUCAGCUCAGUGUCCUGAACACACGUGUACAUACCUGAAUAAAACAAAUCCUAAGUGGAUUAUCUAUGCUGUCAUCAAAAA